AUGGAUAUGGCAGAAGUGAAGUCGUUCAACGCGGAGCUAUCCGGGUUGUACGAUAACAAACCUCCUAUCUCGAAGGCCAAGAUGAGCGCUAUUACAAGAGGUGCUAUAAAAGCUAUAAAGUUUUAUAAACAUGUAGUUCACAGUGUAGAGAAGUUCAUUCAGAAGUGUAAGCCAGAAUAUAAAGUUCCUGGUUUGUAUGUGAUAGAUUCGAUAGUGAGACAGUCUCGGCAUCAAUUUGGACAAGACAAAGAUGUGUUUGCACCGCGAUUUGCGAAGAAUAUGCAACAAACUUUUGCUAAUUUGUUCAGGUGUCCACCAGAAGAUAAGCGUAAUAUAAUUCGUGUAUUGAACUUAUGGCAGAAGAACAAUGUAUUUGGCCCAGAGGUUAUACAGCCAUUGAUGGACAUGGCAGAUCCGAAUCAUCCACUGCAUCAAGAAAUACAACAACAACAGAAUAAUACUGCCAAUGGGAGUAGUUUGAACAUAACCCACAACACCACAGACAGCAAAAUGUCACCCAUGCCUGCAUCACAACACACACCUCAUACAUCCUCUCCUAUGGAUGACCAGUUCCAGGAUCAGCAAUCAGGUCCACCGCCUGGUGUAAAAUUUAACCGCAAGCUUCUGAAUGACUUUGAAUAUGAAAGUGAAGAUGAUGCAGUUGGUUCAGAACCAAUGCCCUCCUCGGCGCACUCAACCCACUCGAGCCUUGGAACGCAUGCCUCCAGCCAGCCGCACCAGCAGCACCAGUCCCACCCACCUCACCAAUCCCAUGCAACACACCCACCACACCAGUCGCAUAACCCAACUGAUGCCCUUGGAAGUAUCCUUACAAAUCCAGAAAUCAUGAGGCAACUUCAAAGUUUACAGGCACAAAUGCAAAUGAUGACUGGUAUGCAAAUCCCCAACUUAAUGCCCAUGAUGUCGGAUAUGCAAUUGCAACAGAAUGCUAAUCAAGGUCUUCCGUUUUUGAAUUCCCAACAAGAGUGUCAGAAGCAGGGCGAGCCCAAGGAGGACAUGGCCAACGAGUCGGACAUCGAGUUCGUGGAGACGGGGCCGCAGGUGAUCGAGAUCCCCGACGCCAACGACUCGAGGAGCCCGUCGCCCGGAGGCCGGCGCCGGCACCGGUCGCGCUCGCGCUCCAAGUCGCCGCGGCGGCGCCGGGCGCGCUCCCGCUCGCGCUCGCGCUCGCCGCGCCGGCGCCGCCGCGAGCGCGAGGCCGAGCGCGAGCGCCAGCGCGAGCGCGACAAGAAGGGCCUGCCGCCCGUCAAGAAGGACAACCUCAGCGUGUGCAGCACCACGCUGUGGGUGGGCCACCUCUCCAAGCUGGCCACGCCCGAGGAGCUGUCCGACCUGUUCGGCGCCUGCGGCGGCGUGCAGAGCAUCGACGUGGUGGCGCCGCGCGGCUGCGCCUUCGUCGUCAUGGAGCGGCGCCGCGACGCCGCCAAGGCGCUCGCCAAGCUCAACCGGCACAAGCUGCACUCCAAGGAGAUCACGGUGGCGUGGGCGGCCGGCAAGGGCGUCAAGGGCCGCGAGUGGAAGGACUACUGGGAGGCCGACCUGGGCGUGGCCUACCUGCCGUGGGAGGCGCUGCAGCAGCGCUGGGCGCUGGGCGCGCUGUCGCUGGACGCGCUGGAGGAGGGCGGCGCCGUGGACGAGGACACGCUGCCGCCGUGGCUGCCGCCCAGGAUCCUGCCCAAGGCGGUGCUGGACAUGCCGCUGCUGGGCGCGCCCAUGGCGCCGCCGCUAGCGCUGGGCGCCGUGGGCGUGCGCGUGCCGCCGCCGCAGGAGCUGCCCGAGCGCGGCGCGCUGGGCGAGGCCGUGUGGCGGCGCCUGGCCUUCGCGCCCGUGCGGCCCGCGCUGCCCGCGUUGCCCGCCUUGCCCGCGCUGCCCGCCUUGCCCGCCAUGCCGGCGCUGCCGCCCGCCGUGCCAGGUCUUCAGCGCGAAGGGCCCCUGCUGGGCUUCCCGGGCGGGGUGCCGCCGCAGUCGCUGCCGCAGUCAGGCAUGGUAGGAGGGUUUCUGGGCGGUCUGGUGGGAUCGCACGUGGGCGGGCUGGUGCUGCCCCUGCAUCAUCAACACCAACACCAGCACCAUCAGCAGCCGCAGCACCCCGCGCCGGAGGGCGGAGGCGCCGCCACGCCCUCCGCGCCCGACGACGCCAUGGACCUGGACACGGACGAGGCGCACGCGGAGGCGCGCGACGCGCCGCUGCUGCCGGACCAGGUGCGCCCCGCCCCCGCCGCCCCGCCGCCCCACUCCGCCCCGCCGCCCCCCGCCGCCCCCCGCCGCCGGCUCACCGCCACGUCCGCUCUGCGCCAGAUCCAGGCGCUGCUCCACCGCCGGCCGAGGAGAGGCGUGGACGAGGAGCAGCGCCGGGAGCGCGACAAGGAGCGCCGGGACCGGGACCGGGACCGGGACCGAGACCGCCGCGACCGAGACCGGGAGCGCAGAGACCGAGACCGAGACCGGGACCGCGACCGCCGAGACCGGGAGCGCGGCCCUCGCGAGAGAGAACGAGACGACCGGCGCGAGCGAGAGCGCGACCGCGGCCGGGAGCGGCGGGAGCGGGAGCGGGAGCGGGGCGGCGGCGGGGGCGGGGGCGGGGGCGGGGCCGGGGGUGGGGGCGGCAGUGGGGGCGGCGGCGGCGGCGGGGGCGGGGCGGCCAGCGCGCGCGGCCGCGACAGGUCGCCGCGCGACGAGCGCAGCCUGCAGGAGCGGCUGUGGGCGAUGGCCAACGGCGCCGCGCCCGCGCCCCAAGGAGCGGAGGAGCCGACGGCGGAUUCGGGCGCGGUGGGCGCCGAGGACGGCGUGGAGGCGGCGGGCGCGGCGGGGGUGACGGGCGGGACGGGCGCUGCGAGCGGGACGGGUGCGGCGAGCGUGACGGGUGCGGCGGGCGUGACGGGCGCGGCGGGCGUGACGGGCGCGGCGGGCGUGACGGGCGCAGCGGGCGUGACGAGCGUGACGGGCGCAGAAUCGAGGGCGGCAGCGGGCGCGGGCCCCUGGCCGCGGGCGCCUCCCUUCCGGCCCGAGUUAAGAAUGAGAGGGCCACCCGCCAGAGCGCCUGCGAGAGGGCCCUGGAUGGAGGUGCAGGGGCCGUUCGGGCCCCGCUUCAACGGCAUGGGGCCGCCGCCCUUCAGCCGGCCGCCGUUCGAAAGGCCUCCCUUCGACGGCGGGCCCCUGUUCGAGGGGCGCUUCGAGAGACCCCCCUUCAAUCGCAUGCCCUUCGACAUGAACAGGCCGCCCUUCGAUGGACCCCGGCCGCCUUUCGAUGGCCCUAGACCGCCUUUCGACGGCCUCAGGCCGCCUUUCGAUGGCCCGAGACCGCCUUUCGAUGGUCCGAGACCGCCUUUCGAUGGGCCGCGACCGCCGUUUGAUGGCUCGCGACCGCUUUUCGACGGGCCGAGAGUGCCUUUCGAUGGACCCAGGCCAUCCUUCGAUGGGCCUAGACCUCCGUUUGAAGGGCCCCCGAGGCAGUUUGAAGAUUUUGAAGGAGAAAGGCCCUUCGACGCGCCACGGUUCGACGGACCUCCAGAUUUCUUUGAUAGGGGUAAUAGGCGGUUUGAGGAAAGGGAAUUUAACGAGAGGGGCUGGAAUGGAGAAAGAGAAAGAGAUUGGGAUAGGAGAAACGAAUGGGACGAUAGAAGGAAGGACCGCAGAGGUAGGGAACAACACGACGAUAGAAUCAGAGAAAGGAAUGAUAGGAGAAGAAAUGUCGACGAAAGGCCGAGACAACCGCGAGAGGAGAGAAAUCCACGAAAGGAUAAAGAUAGGAAAUCUAGGUGGAGUGCGGUCGACGAGAUCGUUCAGAGCGAGGAGCCGGAGAGCGUCGAGGAGCCGGAGAGCGUCGGCGAAGACGUGCAAGAGGCGGAUCGAAGUAGCGAGGGCGGAGCCAUCGCGCUGAAUAGCGAAGGCGACGCGGGCGAAGGCGACCAGCCGCAGCAGCCGGAGGAGCCGGGCGGCGCAGGGGGCGGAGGGGGCGGAGGGGGCGAUGGGGGCGGAGGGAGGGGGCCGGCGGGGGGCGCGCAGGAGGCCGGGGCGGAGGCGCCGAGCGCAGAGGCCGAGGAGGCCAAGGAGGCCGGCGAGAAGGAGGCAAAGGAGGCCGUGGAGGCCGACGAGGCCAGGGAGGCCAGGGAGGCGCUGGCU